UACAGGUAAAAUGCCCAAGCAAGCUUUGUCAAUGCCUGACAUUGAACAGAUUGUAAGUUUUUUGUCCAGCUAUGCAAAUGCUAAUGGUUUGCCAUUACCAGGUAGAUUGCAAAAUUACAGACAGCAAAGUGUUAUACUGUUACCAUCUGAUCAGAGUAAAGCUGACAUACAUGCUCUUUAUAAUGAAGCAGCACAGCAAAAUAGUUUCAGGGCAGUCAGCCUAUCUGAAUUCAAGAAAAUAUGGUUGCAACAAUGUCCACACAAAGUUAUUUGUAAACCAGCUACAGAUCUUUGUGCUAAAUGCAAAAAAUAUGCACAUGAAAUCUCUAACAGUGGAAACUUAAGUGAGGAAGACAAAGAAACCCUUUUAGAGAAUUACAGAACAUACCUGAGUAAAGCCAAAUGUCAGAGAGAUUACUACAGGGAAAAAUGUGAGGCUGCUAAAUUGAAUUAUUCAGUGAUGACUCCAGAACAGAAGCUGAGAGGUCAGCCACCAUGUUCAUUGCCUGGAACACAGCAAUUCUCAUUUGACUUUGCCCAGCAGCUAUUUUAUCCACACCAUGCACAACAAGUUGGACCUCUGUAUUUCAAGACUCCCAGGAAGUGCCAGUGCUUUGGAGUGUGCUCAUGUCGUAGUCUGGGUACACAGGUAUUCCAUCUCAUUGAUGAAGCAGAGUGCACUGGUAAAGGAGCUAACUGUGUGACCAGCUUACUGCACCGUCAUUUUCAGCACCAUGGGUUUAGAGAGGAGCAUGUGCAGUUGCAAAUGGACAAUUGUUCUGGACAAAACAAAAACAACACUGUAUUGUGGUAUGGGCUAUGGAGAACUGUGACUGGGCUUCAUAAGACUGUUGAGUUCUCACCCAUGGAAGCUGGCCAUACAAAGUUUAGUCCAGAUUGGCAUUUUGGAGUAUUCAAGUCUAAAUGGCGACACUGUACAGUUGAGACCCUAGACCAGAUUGCUACAUGUGUUCUUCUGUCUUCAAAAAACAGGCACAACAUACCUUAGCUAGUAAAUGAUAGUGAGAGACCAGUGUUGUUUUAUGACUGGUCUGUAUAUCUUGGUCAGUUUUUCAAAUGUAUUCCUUCUCUGAAAAAGUACCAUCACUUCAGCAUGACAAGUGAAAAGCCUGGUGUAGUAUUAGUUAAGGAAUACGCAGGUGACAA